ACUGGCUAUGUAGCUAGCCAGCUAGUUAAUGGCAGGUCUGAAAAUUGGCCGGAGCAAUACCUUGAUGGUUAUCGUUGGAUUCUAGAUGCUGGCAUCGAAGAUGUGGAAAUAAUACCACGUUUCUAAAACCAGAGUGACUACUUCAGUUUUCAAACCAUACUCUCAGUGCGCUAGGCAGGUGGGGACUUGAGGCACCAGGUUUUUAAGUGCUUUAUUGUUUCUUCAAAAGUUGAACACGUCUAAUCACAGCCUUACAGGAGGCUCAUGAUUGGCAUCCAUUGACUGCCAUAGCAUGAACCAAUAUCAACAACAGACUAGCCGGUCCAACCUCUACAGUGUUGUGAAAGCUGAGGCCUCGUCAACACCACCCCUUGCCACUAGUAUGGCAAAUAGCACUACUAUCCCAGGAAAGGUCUUAGGCACACCUGGGCCUGCAGGGAGACUGAGUCCUGAAGGAGGCCAGGUCCUCAGUAAAAAGAAACUGCAAGACCUUGUGCGGGAAAUUGACCCCAAUGAGCAGCUUGAUGAGGACGUUGAAGAGAUGUUGCUGCAAGUUGCUGAUGAUUUCAUAGAGAGUGUUGUAACUGCUGCCUGCCAGCUUGCCCGACACCGGAAGUCUAACACUCUGGAAGUAAAGGACGUCCAGCUGCACCUUGAGCGACAGUGGAAUAUGUGGAUCCCAGGAUUUGGCUCAGAUGAAAUCCGACCGUACAAGAAGGCAUGCACCACAGAAGCACAUAAACAGCGAAUGGCACUGAUCCGUAAGACAACCAAAAAGUAGCGAUUUCCAGCAGAAGACCAACAAAUUUUUCACUCAUGACAGCUCUUUGGGGUUUGGCACUGAGGAUGACCUAUAACUUUUCAAGGUAUUGCCAUUCAGGAGUAGCAGGCCUCUAUAUCAAUAUAAUAGAGACAAUAAUUUCUGACAAGUGGUUCUGUUUUUUCCCCCUAGAAUCAUUUUUCCAAACUGCUGUUUUAACCCUUUUGUGUGGCUGUAUUAGUGUGUCUUGUGAUUAGCAUGACUAUAAUAGGCCAUACUAUUAUAGGCCUAAAUGCUAAAGUAGAUUAUCUUAAAUGUUGCAUGUAAUAUGAAGAUUGGGUCAGAUCACUUACUGUGGGCAUUCACUUUUUUACACCAGCCGCUAUGAAAGUAGCAUGUAGAAACUGUCUAGCUGCAUAUUUAUCAGUAGUCUCUUAUUCCCUGAGUAGUCUCUCAUUUCUUGAGAAAUGUCAGUUGUAUUGUUUCUUUGGAUAAUUUUCAAACGGUUUAAUUUGUGAGCUUUUUGGUGUAAAUGGCCUAUAACGUGUAAUCGUACUGGGCGUGUUGUGCUUGCCCUUGAAGUCUAAUAAAGACUCAGUGCCACAUUUGGUCAUGUA